AUGCUCUCAUGGCGAGCGUCGACGCGGGACCUAGUAUUGCUGCUAAUGCAUGAAGGAGCGAAAUUUGUCUCUUCUGACGCGAAGCGGAGCCCAUCCGAGCGCAGUAGGCGAUCGAGAAGCGGCUGCACCAGGAUGAGGUCGAGCGAUAUCGCGCCGAGUGGGAGUAGGAGAAGCUGGAACACAAAUCGAAGGCACUGGAUGGAGCGUGAUGAGGGGACGCGGGAGUACCCGGAGAAGAUCGUGAACGUCCCGAAUGGCUUCGCUCACGUCAAGGCAUACAGGGAGACGGAGAUGAGUGAAAGCGGAGAGACGAAGCGGCCUACAAAUUGCGAGGAUAAGGUCGUGACCCGAUGUGUACUUAGGGUGCGCUGUAUAUAUACGGAAGAGGAAGAGGAAGCGAUGUGUUAUACGGGUCAAAGAGAAAGGGAUGCACGGUUCAUUCCUCGGGGCUCCGGCGAACAUACGUCGUGGCGAAACUGGCAGGCAAUGUACUCCAGCACGCCGGCCAGUGUUUUGGGCAAGGAGUUCGCUUUCCUCAUUAAUGCGUUCCAUGGAGCGAAGCAACUUAUGGGUCUUUGGGAUAUAGGCUUCUUCAAAGAUACGAGCAGUGUCCAAUGCCUAACUGGCGCAUCCACGCGUUAUCUGCUUCUUCCGCCAUCUGCUUCUACUAGAUUUCUCUCUGGUCACGACUAA